UAAGGCAAAUUCUAGAGACCAUUUUACAAACCGCCUCUUAUUUUUGCAGUAUCAGUAAAUUAAAAGGCGUUUCCACGCACGAGUCCUCGUUCCGCUAAAAAAAUGCACUCAAAAUCUUAUUUUUCCCUAACCGUUCUCCAUCUAUUUUCUCUGGAAAAAAAAAACGCAGUAUCAUCUGGGUAUACAAAGCGUCAGCCAUGGUUCAAUUUUGGUGAUUUCUGUUGACACUUAUCAAUCUCUAAGGCAUCGAUAGUGAAAUUCUGCUUGUAUUCAUUUGGGUACACACAAAGCAAUAUCCGUGGUUCAGCUUUGGUGAUUUCCGCUGGUACUCAUCAGAGUCUCUUAGGCAUCGGUGGUUUGGUUAUUCAUCAUUGGUGGGGAUUUAUGCUAUAAUCGUCAUUCUACUGAUGGACGUGGAAGGCGAUUCCGAAAACGUGGAAAAACUACAAUGGCUGCAAUUUGGAACAUGGAUGAGAACGAAAGGAUAUUUUUAGAAGUGAAUGAAUUUGGAGUACCAUGUUCAAAAGAAGCAGCCAUACUUGGAUCCUUUCUUGGAACCAUUGCCACCAAUGGCAUUUAUGCACCUCUAAAUAUUACUAGAUGGGAUAAAGAAGAGUUUAAACCAUUCCAUGCCCAGAUAUUGAAACUUCUUGAGAAAAAAUUUGCUUAUCCAUCUGAGACAGAAAAAUUUAUUUUAAAAUCUGUAAAUAAGAAAUGGAGAGAUUAUAAGAGUGAUUUGAAGGCAAAAUAUUAUGAUCCGUUAAAGACUAAGGAACAAAUCUCUGAAGAUGUGCCUAAGGAUGUGUUGCCUCCUCAAUGGACUGCUCUAGUGAACGAAUGGUUCACAGAGAAAAAUCAGAAAAUGAGUUCCAUCAAUACUGCAAAUGCUAAAAAGCAAAAGAAUGCACAUACUACGGGUAGAAAAAGUUAUGCAAGAUUGAUGAAGGAAAUGGAAAAGACAAAUGGGAAAGCACCAGACAGACUUGAAUUUUUUGAAGCAACCCAUAAGAGAAAAGAUGGCACUUAUGUGGAUGACAAUAUCCGGGACUUGAUGGAAAAGGCUCGUGCUCUUAUAGCUGAGCGAAGUGAAAGAUCUGGGACUGAUUUAGCACAAUUGCAUGAACAAAUUUUUCAAGAACUUAUGGGUCCAGAGCAUAAUGGUCGAGUGCGAGGUAUGGGUCUUGGACCAACUCCUUCAAGUUAUUUUGGCAUGACAACCCAAAAUGUAGGAUCAAGAUGGGAGUUUACCAUUAGUGGGAAUCAGUUAAAAGAGAUAGAAGAGUUGAAAGGGAAACUUCAAACAGUGAACAAUGAUUAUGCUCAAUUAAAAGAAGUACUAAAAAUGUUAUACGGGUUCAUUUCUCAAAAAUAUCCUGGACAACUACAAACACAAUUUUGCAAUCUGUUUCAGGUUGGUGACAAUGCAAGUGAAGGUGAUCAGCGUUCUCCAAACAAUCAUUCUUCUCACUCAAGCCAUGAACCGAGUCAAGAUAAUUAUUGAACAACUUGAGAGAUCUUCAAAGCUUUUUAGUUAUAUUAUUACUCUUAUUAUUAGGAGAAAUAUUAGAUAAUUCAUAGGAUAUUUUGAUGUAAAGCUUUAUGAGGUUGCAAUAUUCAUUGCAAUAUGCUACUUUAUUUUUGGAUUAAUUUCUUGAUAUUGGUUGGAUGAUGGAAUUUCUAGAAAUUAAAUGAAUGAAUUUUCAUUUCAUUUCCUUGUAA